CUAGGUUCAGAGGUUUUGAUGAGUUCCUCAAAAAGACAGGGGUUCACCCCACUCCACAGUGGCCUUGACCAAAACAAGGGCAGACGGUGGGGGAACAGCCUACUGUGCUCAGAGCCACAAUGCUGGGGAGAGGCCCCCACGGGCCCUUAGCCACCCUCAGGUACAUGGGACCUCUCCGAGCCAUAAGGUCACAGCACUGGCGCUCUCAGAACUCCUUUGCCAAGAAAUGCAGCAACUGUGCCCGGCACCCGCUCUCAACUGGCCCAGUCUCCUCCAUGGGAAACACACGGCAGUCUCCUGUGAACAUCCAGUCAAGAAACAGCGUCUAUGACCCCCAGCUGGCACCGCUCAGGGUCUCCUAUGAGGCUACAUCCUGCAGGUACCUCCGGAACGUCGGUUAUUUCUUCCAGGUGGACUUUGACGAUUCCUGUGAGGAGUCAGGGAUCAGUGGUGGGCCGCUGAGAAACCACUAUAGGCUGAAACAAUUUCACUUCCAUUGGGGAGCAGCGGAUGAGAGGGGCUCGGAGCACAUGGUGGACGGCCACGCGUACCCUGCUGAGCUCCAUUUGGUCCAUUGGAAUUCCACAAAAUAUGGAAAUUACAAGGAAGCCACUGUAGGGGAGAAUGGGCUGGCCGUGAUCGCGGUGUUUCUGAAGCUCGGGGUUCAGCACGAGGCCCUGCAGAGGCUGGUGGACGUCUUGCCGGAAGUAAAACACAAGGAUACACAGGUGGCCAUGGGACCCUUUGACCCUUCUUGUCUGCUGCCCGCCUGCCGGGAUUACUGGACCUACCCUGGCUCCCUCACUACCCCGCCACUGGCUGAGUCUGUCACCUGGAUCAUCAAGAAGACCCCUAUUGAGGUGGCCCCUAGCCAGGUGAGCACUGUAGCUGAGUCACAUGUGUGUUUGCGCAUGCACCUGUCAGUGUUCCGAACGCUCCUGUUCUCUCGGUGCGGUGAGGAAGAGGAGGCGAUGGUGAACAACUAUCGCCCACUGCAGCCUCUCAUGGACCGGGUUGUCCGUCAGUCAUUCCCGUCAGUCAUUCCCGGCCUCCAGGGUGGAAGUGGGCUCCUAAACACAGGACGGGGUCUGUAA